AGCUUCGGUUAAUUAAAAUGGCGUCCACAACGACAAGAGUCACAGCAGCAGCGGGAUGUUUAACACGGAGGAUUUUCACCCUCCACGCUCCUCUGCGCCCACACCACUUAUCAGCAGCAAACAGUCGUCUGUGUAGCUCCAAACAGGCAACCAAGCAGGAUAGAAAACCAAAGAGAUCACCUUUCAGACCUGCACCAAGCACCACACAUGACUGGAUCGGACCACCAAAUCCUCUGUCAAACCUGCGGCCGAUUGUUUACCGCAUCCCUGAAAAUGAAACAGAGCUGGAGAAACGUCUGCGAAACCUGAGGCAGGAGACCGAGGACUGGAACCACGACUUCUGGACUAAACAGAACAUGAACUUCAGCAAGGAAAAAGAAGCAUUCAUCAUUUCACAGUUGAGUGCCAAAGGCUUGACUCUCCGAGAUGAGCAAGGACGGCGGCGGACCCUUACCAGCGAAGAGAUGGCUGAGUUUUACAAAAACUUCCUGGACAAAAACAGAACACGGCAUGCAAAUUAUAACAAACAAUGGUACCGGCGAAACUUCACCAUCACGUUGCUCAUGGCCCGAGUCGCAGUAACCAACAUGUGGAGGACUGUUACUGAUAGAUUAGGAAGCAGAAAGAGCAACACACCUACCACCUAAUACAAUAAAUAUAUACUGAUUA